UGCCCACCCUCCCUAAUAGGGUCCCCCCCCUCUCUGAGUGUUGAGACGGCGCUGGACAUGGAGCUGCCCGCCCAGGACCCCUCAGACACGGAGCUGCCAGAGGGGACGUCUGCAGCUCACCCCAGCCCACCGGCCUCUGGCAGCGAGUCGCCCACCCGCCCAGCAAGGCCACCAAGGAAAACCCCAACGCGGCGAGCGGCCAAAGCCCGAGGCCGCUCGGGUCGCCUGGGACCGCUGACGGAGCUGCUGGGGCUGCGGGGCGCGCGCCUGCGCCCCACCAUCUGCAGUGAGUGCGGGAAGGGCUUCAGCCGCAGCUCGGACUUGGCGCGGCACCAGAUCACCCACACCGGCGAGAAACCCUACACUUGUGGUGCCUGCGGUAAAGGCUUCAGCCAAAACUCCAACCUGGUGACCCACCAACGCAUCCACACCGGCGAGAAGCCCUACGCCUGCAGUGCUUGCGGGAAACGGUUCAGUGAGAGCUCGGCCCUCAUCCAGCACCAGCGGACCCACACCGGCGAGAAACCCUACAGCUGCGGCGAGUGCGGGAAACGCUUCAGCGUCAGCUCCAACCUCAUCCGCCAUCGGCGCACCCACACCGACGAGAAGCCCUACAUCUGCGGGGAGUGCGGGGAUGGCUUUCGCCACAAGUCUCAACUCCGGCGGCAUCAGAAGCUUCACGUUGCCCGCCAGCGCCCAUUCAUCUGCAACGAGUGCGGGAAGAGCUUCAGUCACUGGUCAAAGCUGCUGCGGCACCAGCGGACUCACACCGGUGAGCGGCCCAGCACGUGCGGCGAGUGCGGCAAGAGCUUCAGCCAAAACUCCCACCUGGUCCAGCACCGGCGGACGCACACUGGGGAGAAACCGUAUCGCUGUGGGGACUGCGGCAAGAGCUUCAGCUGGAGCUCCAACCUCAUCCAACACCAACGCAUCCACACCGGAGAGAAGCCCUACAGCUGCGGGCAGUGCGGGAAGAGCUUCACGCAGAGCAAGAACCUCAUCAAGCACCAACGCACCCACUCGGGCGCCCGGCCUCACCGCUGCGGGCAAUGCGGUCGUGGUUUCGCCCAGAGCACCAACCUGCUGAAACACCAACGCGUCCACGCUGCCCGCGGUCAAGCCUCGUCCUGCCCCGAGUGCGGGCAGAGCUGCCGCGACGGAGCUGAGCUGGAGCGGCACCGGGCGCAGGCGCACGGCCACGAGCCCUACAUCUGCGUGGAGUGCGGCGAGAGCUUCGCCAAGAGCACCACGCUCAACCGCCACAAGCGCGUCCACAAGCCCCUCUUCGUCCACUGAGGGGGACACACGGACAGCGCUGCGGGCAGGGGACAUGGUGACACCACACCAUGGGACACACGGACAGCGCUGCGGGCAGGGGACGUGGUGACACCACACCAUGAGACACACGGACGGCGCUGCGGGCAGGGGACGUGGUGACACCACACCAUGAGACACACGGACAGCGCUGCGGGCAGGGGACGUGGUGACACCACACCAUGAGACACACGGAUGGUGCUGCGGGCAGGGGACCCAGUGACUACAGCAGGGGACACGGUGACAGAGCUGUGGGCCACGGCGCUGUGGGCAUGGAUGAAGUGACACCAAGGGACACAGACAGUGCUGUGGGCAGGGGACAAGGUGACUUAGAGCUGGGGGACACACGGACAUUGCUGCAGGCAGAGGACACGGUGGCACAGAGCUGGGGGACACCACAACAAGGGACACGGCGCUGUGGGCAGGGGAUGCGGUGACACCACACCAAGGGACACGGAUGGCAGGGAACAGGGUGACACCCUGGCCACCACUGAGCUUCAUGUGCCACCCAGGGACAUGGUCCAAGCCCCUUGUGCCGUGGGGCACUCCCCCUCAGCUGGGGGGGUGGGGCAUAGGGUAGGGGUCCCGAGGAGCCCCCACA